AGAGCAAAGCCUGAAUAAAUUGCUAGCUACGGCAUGAGGCCUUUAUAAAAUAUUAAAAUCUUUAAAUGGUAACCACAUUUGUCUACAAUUCUAAAACUGUAUUGCAGAUAUAUCGGGAAAAUAUUUCAUUUCGUAUUGUAAACAAUAGCAUCACCCCUUCAUUUGGACUGAACCGAAAGGGAAAAUUUCAGUGCCAAUUGAUACCUGGAAUAUUGAGCGACAGGACGAAAAUCGGGCGGAAGACUCUUCCUACCGGAGACUGCACGGCUUCAUUUACUCUGGACAUCGAACUGAUAAAGCUGGAAUCAUGAGCUCGCACCUUCUCGCGUUUUGUUUCUGUUUGCUCUCCGUUUCAUAUGGAGCGCCAGCAAAACGAACAGCAAAAGGACAGGAGGACGCCGAGGAAGCAGAUCUUUACAAAUUAAAGCCAAUGGUUGGUCAGUUCCUAGAAAGACCUUUAGAUUUGGAAAACUAUCAAGAUGAAGCCAGCGUGGAAAAAGCAAUACUUAACUCCAAAAAUAGAGAUGAAGAGGACCUAGAGGACGAGGAGGAAGAUGGCGUCAACAGUCUACUGAAAACUGUGUUAAUCACGCUUAGAGACCGCCCCGACAUUAUCAUGGCGAUCCUGCAAGAUGAAGAAAGAAAGAAUAUGGAGUAUCGGCGUCCACCAGAGCAGUUAGAAUUAAAAGAACCAAAGCGCGUUGUGAAGAAAGGAUGCGAUACCCACCAUGCUCUACGACAUUCAAGUGAGGCAUCCGAUUCUUCUGAAGAAUCUCAAGAAAACUCGGAGUCACGUGAUGGGGAAUACUACAAGAAUAAAUACGACAAAUCGUCCGAGUCUUCGGAAGGAAGCGACGAGUUAGAUUUGGCUCAAUAUUAUAAGCAAAAGUACGGAAAAGCUAAGGAUGAUUACAAGUCAGAAAGCACGUCAUCCGAGGAGGACGAUGAUAAAAGAUUGUCAACAGUUUCGCUGGAUAAACGAGUUCCCGAACAACCGGAAGAAACCAUAGAUAUAACGUCACUUCCUGACGAAAAUGACGUUGAUUUAACUAAUAUAAUAUCAGAAGGUGGAUUAGAAGAUCUUCCAGAAUAUAGGGAGUUGAAGGAGAACUCACCCAAGUCAAGCAAGGGAUCAUUGAAUCUUGGCCAUGAUGCCAGUGGUGUCAUCCGUACGUCAUCCAGACUUGAUGGGAAAAACGCUCAACAAAAACACAGUGCUUUAAAACCAGUGGUGACCGAAGCGGAAAUGUCGCAAAACAGUAAGGAGGAUAGUAGAGAUUCGUUGGAGGAAACCAAAGCGACAGAAAACACGAAAAACGAAGGUGUUGCAGGCAACAUGUAAAUACCCGACAACAACUCUAAGGAAAAUUAACACCUUGCAGUCUACAGAGACGAAAUACUGUUCAUCUGUCAAGAAACAUCUUUAAGAAGAAACCUUUCCAAAGCCAUCUUUCGUCGGAAAAAAACCCUUGAUAUCAACCAUUAUUUCUAGAAAAAUUUCAGCUUUCGCGUUGUUGACCUUUUAACACGCAUUCAUCUGUGAUAUUGGUACUCGCUCACGUGUCUACACUCAUUUCUAUCAUCUAUUACUAAAAUUCAGUUUAACCUAAUCAUGUUUACGGUUGAAUAAAAUUGAUUUUGAUGCAGUUUAAAAAGUUUGUAAUGUGAAUAUAUUGAACAAACGUUUUAUAUAUGUCUAGCUUUUUCAACAUGUUCGUAUUCACAACAAUUACUUGUUUGAACGGCAUAAAAUCCAAGCAUAUUCUGAUAAUGAUUUCACUACACCAAUAAUCUGGACACUAUUUUGUAAUGUUUAUCCUUUUCAAUUGCUUGAUGAUGAUGACGAUGAUGUGUGGAUUUAUCAAUUGUUUAUCUUGUUAUAGUUAUUUGCUGGUGGUUUGUAAUAGGACUUGUUGACUUUUUCUUGUUAAUGUGUAAUAAACCUUGUUCAUGGAAAAUCAAUAAAUUAUAUGUUCUUUA